AGUUCACUCCCCGAUUUAAUUGUGGGGACAACUGGAAUAUUCAGUAUUUCUGGAUGGCAAGAUUGGGUGGGGGUUUUCAGUGGUUGUCUUGAGGUUAGGCAUUUGGAAAUGGGUUAAGGUAAAGAUUUUGGUAUUGCUAGAAUGAAAUAAAACACCAACCUCAUUUCGGAAUUAUCGUUAAAGGACGUACUGUUUCCUCUCUCCCCAAAUAUAGUGUGUUUUGGAAGCGGUGCAGCGCCUCGGUCUCGCUGCGAUGAAGUGGGACGGGGAGGGGAUAUUAUCCAGGGCGAGGUUGGCAGUUGAGACAGGAAAGCGUAGUGGGAAACAAAGCAAGGACAUCAGACAUGAAUUCAUCCUGGUAACAUUUGCAUAGGCUUCCGUUAUGUUUUCAUUGUCAAAGCAGUUUUUCAUCCACACUACGAUGGAUGCUGUGUGCAUGGCGCCUCUAUUAUGCUACUGAGGACUCGUUGGAAAUACAAUAAUCGGACUGAAGGUGACGCAACGUAUUUUUAUUGAAACUACAUUCUCUCUACAUUUGCGACAUGUUCUGUUAAACGCUCAUCGGUGGAUUGCUGAUUUGAGACGACUAGGCUAUAGCCGACUUUUACGAAAUUAUCACAAACUACUUGAUAGUGGACUUCCGUUAUUGAAUCCGUAUGUUCUUCAUGAUUUCAUAUUUCUGGCAGUUAUAUUAUACCAUAUAAUAAGACGCGUGGAAGUAAACAAAUAUAUACACAUUGAUACAGAGGUAGAAAAUGAACGGGUUCCAGACCAGUCCUACUGAAUGUCCAGACAGCGUCUGCUCAAUCGAAGGACUACCCCCUUUGUCAAAAGGCCUCAGCGGCAUCCUGAACUCCAGUGGUGGCUCAUGGAGGGACAUCAAAAAAGUCUACAGUAAACUGACAAGCAUUCAGGCCGACAUUAGCAAGUCUACAGUGAUCGACACUCUCCGCCGCAGCAAGCCUGCAAGUCUGGACGCAGGGCUCGCAGUGCUGCGCGAAGAAAUGGUGGGCCUCCGACAGUUGGACAUGUCUCUGCACUGUCAGCUGUGGUCUCUCUAUGAGUCCAUCCAGGAGUACAAGGGAUCCUUUCAGGACAUCUCCAACUCUCUGCUGUCAGAGAGCAGCAUCACUACAGAAAAUAGUUACUCUGAGGAAGAGGAGGAUUAUGAAGAGGAGGAGAACGAUGGUGAUAAUGUACCUCAGAAUCUACCUGGCACUUCACUGACUCUCCAGUCAACUCAAAACUCCAGGGACCAAUGGAUCAAAGAGUCUUUCCACAUUUCCUUAUAAACCAACUAAUAUUUGUCCUGUAUUUACAUAAUAUAAUCUGUUUCCUGUUCUGUAUAGCUGUUUUAUUAUUUAUUAUACUUGUACCCAGCUAGCUAGGUUAUUGGCAGAAAAACAUUUUUAUACUGGUGCCCUACUGAUGAACCGUCUCCAUCACACAAGGAGCUGACAUUUUCAACAAAACCUUGUUACUAUACGAUCCUUCGUUAAAGAGACUUUGCUUGUUGAUUUGGACUAAUUGUGCGUAUCUUGAAAACACAAGCCAAUUAAGCCAUAUUUCAAAUAUCUGAUGAUUUUUAUAUAUAUAUAUAUACACAUACAUGCUUGUAAAUGCCUUGUAAUUUACUCCUUCAUCGGAGUAAAACAGAUUUUUCUCUAAAUAUAAUUUUCUUCUCUACAAUUUUAAGAUUGAAUGUAAUCUUAGACACGUAGUCACAUACACACAAUGUCAGUAUUUCUCUUUUUUGUUUGUUGUGAUGGGAAGUUUAUCUAUUGAGCUUUUUUAAUAUCAUUAAAAAAAAAUGCAAUGGACAGUAACCAUGUCUUUUAAGUCAAAUCUACACUACUUCAAUGGUCCGUUAAUGGGUCCAGCUCAACUGUUAAUAUAUUGGUUUGGAAAGGGGUUAUUGACAUACUUUAACCACUAGAUGGCGACAUUUGUUGUGACAGAUAUCAGCAUCUGUUCCACAUGUAGAAAACCUGAUAAAUCUUGUUUCCCAAGGUGAAGUCAGAAAGCCCUUUAGUUCCAAAAACUGUACUUUUGUUCUUGUGUUUCUGGCUCACGGCAGAGUAUGCAUUUUGAUAACCGUGGAAGUGUGCCUUUUUGAUAACUGUGGAAGUGUGCCUUUUUGAUAACUGUGGAAGUGUGCCUUUUUGAUAACCGUGGAAGUGCGCCUUUUUGAUCACCGUGGAAGUGCGCCUUUUUGAUCACCAUGGAAGUGUGCCUUUUUGAUAACAGUGGAAGUGCGCCUUUUUGAUAACCAUGGAAGUGUGCCUUUUUGAUAACAGUGGAAGUGCGCCUUUUUGAUAACCAUGGAAGUGUUCCUUUUUGAUAACUAUGGAAGUGUGCCUUUUUGAUAACUAUGGAAGUGUGCCUUUUUGAUAACUAUGGAAGUGUGCCUUUUUGAUAACCGUGGAAGUGUGCCUUUUUGAUAACUUUGGAAGUGCGCCUUUUUGAUAACUAUGGAAGUGUGCCUUUUUGAUAACUAUGGAAGUGUGCCUUUUUGAUAACUAUGGAAGUGUGCCUUUUUGAUAACUAUGGAAGUGUGUCUUUUUGAUAACCAUGGAAGUGUGCCUUUUUGAUAACUAUGGAAGUGUGCCUUUUUGCAUCUAACUAUUACUUACAGUAUCUCACAGGAGAAGUUAUGUGGAUGCCAUUGAUAUCAUUGUUUAGCCCUUUAAAGUUAUAUGACUGUACUUUUGCAUGUUUUUGAUUCCUGAGAGCACCACUCUGACUGUCUGGCCAUUAUAAACAAACCAUUCCAGCCACACAUGGACUUAUUAGGUAAUGAUCCCUGUUCUCUCCCCAGGGUAGGAGGAGGAGUCCAGAACACAGUAGCUGUAAAACAUUCAACUACCAUCAUAAUGCCUUCCUUACUAACGGAAUUAGCCCCGAACAUCUAGUGUUUCUACUUAUUUAGUGGUUGAAAUAGAAUUUGAAUAAAACAUAAACGUCUUGUUUAAACUUGAAAA